UUCCUUCAAGUCACAACUUGAAGGGAAACUUUAUCCGUCUAAAUCGAUGUUGAGAAACGAAGACAGAAAGAGCGGGGGACGGGGCUUUCCUCUGAAAUCAAUAUGAUGCACAGUCGUCUUUCAGGAUUUUAAAACGUUUUCUUCUUCAGUGAUGUGACUUGAUCUCUCCGAUUAGGACUAUGAGCGCCAACGACAUCUUUGAGAUGGACUCCGUGACAGAGACAGAGGAGAUGGAGGGUGAAGUUGAAGAGGGCAUGAUAGACGAAGGAUUAGUUUACCCUGAGGAGUUUUUACCAACAUAUCACAGUAUUAAAGAAGGAACAAUAGUUGCCAAAGCACAACAGGCAGAGUUUAACGACAAGCCUGACUCCUUGUUCUUUAAUGACGGCGUCCGGAGGAUCGACUUCAUCCUGGUCUACGAGGAUGAGGAGAAGAAGGAAUUUGAGAAGAGGCACCAGAGUCAGAGACGCAAGAGACGGCGAGAGUACUUUGAAGCCAGCCUGAUGAAGAUGGGAAUGGAGCUGGAGGCGACAAAAUCAGUAAUAGAUGAUAAAGUGAUAUUUGUCAAAAUCCAUAUGCCGUGGGAUGUGCUGUGCACCUACGCCGAAGUCCUGCACAUCAAGCUUCCCAUCCAGCCCAACGACCUCGCCUGCCAGCCCUCCCCAUGGUGCUUUUUCUCCUUCAUCACAAAAUACUUCUACCCCAGUGAGAAGCUGAUUACCAAGGAGACCGAGUACUUCACCGCCCCCUUUGAGAAAGACCGGCUGGAGUAUUUCCACGUGAGGGACAAAGACUUGUUCUUCACUCCGUCCAUGAGGAGCAGGAUGGCUUAUUACAUCCUGAGUCGUGCUCCCUAUGAAAUACGAGGCAGCCUAAAGAAGUUUGGCAUCACCAAGCUGCUGGAUGGUGGAGUGUACAAAGCUGCCUAUCCACUCCAUGACUGCAGGUUCAACGUCAAGUCCAAAGAGGAGGGCUGCCCCAAUGAGCGAUAUCUGCUCUAUGAAGAAUGGGCUCAUCCCAAAAGCUUUUACAAGAUGCAACCACUCGACCUCAUAAGGAAGUAUUACGGGGAGAAGAUUGGCAUUUACUUUGCCUGGUUGGGUUUCUACACAAUCAUGCUCGCUAUUGCUGCUGUCGUUGGACUUAGCUGCUUCAUUUACGGAUACAAGACUCAAGAAACCAGCACGUGGAGCAAAGAGGUGUGUGACCCUGAAAUUGGAGGAAGAAUCAUGAUGUGUCCACAGUGUGACAGAGAAUGCAAAUACUGGAGGUUGAACAUCACCUGUGAAGCCUCAAAAAGACUUUGUAUAUUUGAUAACUUUGGAACACUGGUGUUUGCAGUUUUCAUGUCAAUCUGGGUGACUUUGUUCCUGGAGUUUUGGAAGCGCUACCAGGCGGAGCUGGAGUACGAGUGGGACACUGUGGAGUUUCUGGAACAGGAAGAGCCAGCCCGGCCAGAAUAUGAAGCCAAGUGUAUCUAUGAGCGAAAAAAUCCUGUCACUGGGGUAAAAGAAAAAGUGCCUUACACAGCCUGUGGACGAUGUGUUCGGGUGUCAAUAGGAAUCGGGACUGUCUUAUUCUGGAUUCUGUUGAUCCUGGCGUCCAUUGUGGCCAUUACUGUCUACCGCCUCGCCGCCUUUUUUGCCUUCUCCACCAGACUCAGAGCUCAGGACCUGAAGGAGCUGGAGCCCUUAAAGGAGUAUGUGACUCCUCAGAUGGCCACUGCCGUCACGGCUUCCCUCAUCAGCUUUGUUGUCAUCAUGAUUCUUAACAUUCUCUAUGAGCGUGUCGCCAUCUGGAUCACAGACUUUGAGCUUCCCAGGACUAAGACAGACUACGAGAACAGCUUGACUCUGAAGAUGUUCCUCUUUCAGUUCGUCAACUAUUACUCCUCCUGUUUCUACAUUGCCUUUGCCAAAGGGAAAGCGGUUGGCUAUCCUGGACAGCCUGUCUAUCUUUUGGGAAGAUACCGGAACGAGGAGUGUGAUCCUGGUGGUUGUCUCAUUGAGCUGACAACACAGCUCUCGAUCAUCAUGGGUGGAAAAGCCAUCUGGAACAACAUCCAAGAGGUCUUGCUACCCUGGUUGAAGAAUCUGAUAUCCCGUUACUGCACCCGUGUGGAUCCAGAGAAGGUGAUCCCUCGCUGGGAGCAAGACUAUCAGCUUCAGUCCAUUUCAAAGCUUGGACUCUUCUAUGAAUAUCUUGAGAUGGUUAUUCAGUUUGGCUUUGUGACCCUGUUCGUGGCCUCCUUCCCUCUGGCUCCAGUCCUGGCUCUGGUCAACAACUUGUUUGAGAUCCGGGUUGAUGCUUGGAAAAUUACCACUCAAUUCCGCCGCGUCGUGCCAGAGAAAGCCCAGGAUAUCGGCGCCUGGCAGCCCAUUCUUCAAGGCAUUGCUAUACUUGCUGUUGCAACAAAUGCCAUGAUCAUCGCUUUUACAUCAGACAUGAUCCCACGCUUGGUCUACUACUGGUCUUUCUCUGUGUACCCGUACCAAGAGCAUGGGAAUCACACAAUGGCGGGCUACAUCAACACAUCACUGUCUAUAUUCAACAUCAAAGAUUUCUCAAACUAUAGCAGGCCACUGAGCACUCCUUACAACAUCACAACAUGCAGAUAUCGAGAUUUCCGGUAUCCUCCUGGGCAUCCCAGAGAGUAUGAGUUCACUGUCUACUACUGGCAUGUGAUCGCUGCCAAAAUGGCUUUUAUAAUUGUUGUGGAGCACAUUGUUUACCUUACGAAGUUCAUCCUGUCCUAUAUGAUCCCGGAUGUCCCGUACACUGUCAAAGAGCAGAUCAGACGGGAGAAAUACUUGACUCAGAUGAUCCUCCACGAGACCAACCUGAAGCUGGUGAGCAAACGUUUGAAACCCGCCAAUGACGAGAGUGUGAACGACACAGAGAUGGUGGAGGUGAAGGACGAGCUGGAACUUUCUUUGGAUUUCUGACAGUAGACACACGAUGGACGGAUGGAAGAUGGGAUACAGAACGGAUACUCAUCUGUAAAUACAUGACUAUCCAGUGUUCAACAGGAUGUAAUCACAUCUUUAGUAUUGACCAACACCUUAAGAACUGGAAACUAUUAUGUAUUUGUUGCAGAAAAUGUUCACCAAAAAGUGAAAACGAAGACAUCUGAAGCUUCUUACAGGGCUGUUGGAAACCGAAAGGGGGAACCACCGUUAUACUUUAAAUUCUGGACUUUGUCAAAAGCAUAUUAAAGCAAAUGAACAGUGCAUCUGUCCUCUUCCGCAGCUUUGAAUGUUUUUUUUCCCCAGUGAAACUAGACGAUCUUCCUUUUUGCAGUCUGGUUUCGAUAUUGGAGAAAAACAGAAGCAGGGGUGUAAAUCAGACUGAAUGGCACAAACUGUUUCUGGAAUAUGUAUGAAAAACAACAGAAAAUUCCGAAUACAGUGUCCUUUUGCUUCUUUUUUUCAAGUGUUAAACUCAUUAUAUGGUCUUUACCAUCUGAUGGAAAUACACGGUCAUUAUUACAGAGACUGGUCAGUUAAUGUAAUGAAAUGUAGGCCCUUUAUAAGAGCUUGAUGUUUAGCUAAAAGCUAAAAAAGGAAUUUUGUGUCGUCAUAAGCUUAUAUUUUUUCCUGAUAGAUACUUUGUGCCAAACCACCACCAUUACACUGUCUUAAGUUGCCCAUUGCCCAUCAUUCUAGUUGCAAACUAGUGCCAUUGCUUCAUUGAUUGCCAUAAACUAAUGCUCUUAUGAAGUGUCAGUAUUAUCAAAUACAUUAUUGCAACACUUUUUAAUGCAAGGAGGGCAAUCAAGAGUUUUUGUGUGUUCUUCCAUGUCUGUUACCAAAGAGUUGUAGCGAUCUACUGCAACACAAGUGAGUUGUCAAAGACAUUGCCUUAAAAAUGGAGCUUAAGCCAUGUUUACAAGUUUACAGACUCAUAAAACUGAAAGCUUCUACAGUUGUGUAGUUUAGUUUAGCUGUUACUUUGAAUGAAAUGUUUUAUCCCUGUGAAGAGGUUCAGCUGAGGAUGUAUCCUCAGUGUGUGAUUCCUUUGCCUGUAUAUAGACAAUGCCAUCCUGUGCCUCGACCUUUGCACAGCUUUGUGACUGCAUGUAAAGCCCUGUGAUUAUUGAGUCUUUCCUGUGUCAAUGCUGAAAUCAAUACCUCUGCUGUAUUUUUGCCUAACAAUGGUACCAUAACCGCCAUGUAUGUAAACAGCAUUAUAUACUAGCAGUAUCUGACCAUGUUUCUGUCUUGUCUUUUCAAUAUUAAGAAUUGAAUUAAAUUGUUUUA